GUAGAGGGAGAACACUCUGCAAUCAAUAUUUCUGUCCAAAGAUACUACAACAGCGUCAAACUAGUCUGGUACAACAGUUUUAAGAUGGACUCGAAAAGCACAUAGGGACAAAUGCCACGUAGACCCCAGCUGGCUACUUUUAUGUCGAAAGGGUCCUGUAGCACGACCCCCCUCCCCCUUCCACUGCACCUGAGAAAAAACAAUCCACUACUUGAGCAGUGGUUACAUUUUGCAGAAAUGAUAAAAUAUUAAAUGGAUGGCCACGGUGCACGUUAUGGAGUACCUUAAUGAUUAGUUGCCUGUCUUUCCAAUGUUUACAAAAAACAUCAUGCAAAAUCUUGGGCAGCUCAAGCGCUGCUGGUUUGUUGACUAAAGGCCCAUGUAUACACGUUUACAGAUGUGCAGCCGGGAAGCUUAAAAGGCAUCACAUUCCUUAUUGAAGUGCUACUGCCAGCGGGGAAUAGCCGGGACGGGUACGUGAAGCAGGACAAGGCACCGCAAGCUAGUUUUGAACGUGAAUACACUACAGUAGGGACCAAGUGAGAAACCAUGGUUUGUACAUUCACAUUUAUGCUGUUACUUGGACUUUCAGUGACUUUUGUGGCUUGCAAUGCUCCGCCAGUACCGUUGGACGAUGUAGCGAUCGAAAGACAGUUUGUGCCGGCUGAGUGCCCACGGAUUGUGAAAGAAGGGGAUUUCGUCAGGUACCAUUACCUCGGCACCUUCCCUGAUGGUACCCAGUUUGAUUCUAGUUAUGACCGUGGCUCCACCUACAAUGUGUUUGUGGGCAAAGGACAGCUGAUACCAGGGAUAGACAAGGCCCUUCUGGGGAUGUGCGUGAAUGAGAGACGUUUUGUGAAAGUGCCACCUAAUCUCGCUUAUGGCAGUGAAGGAGUUGCAGGUACAAUCCCACCUGAUGCAAUUCUGCAUUUUGAUGUUCUUAUGAUGGAUAUCUGGAAUCCUGCUGAUGAGCUUCAAAUCCAGACUUAUCAAAUGCCUGAAAACUGUAACCGCAAAGUGCAGGUUUCAGAUUUUGUGCGGUACCACUACAAUGGAACUUUGCUGGAUGGGACAUUAUUUGAUUCCAGCCACAAUCGUUUACAGACAUACAAUACGUAUGUGGGGAUUGGCUGGUUAAUUCCUGGUAUGGAUCAAGCAUUGAUUGGAAUGUGUGUGGGAGAAAAACGGUUCAUCACUAUUCCACCUUUUCUAGCCUAUGGAGAAGAAGGAGAUGGUAAGGACAUCCCACCUCAGGCUUCAGUGGUCUUUGAUGUUGCUCUUCUGGACCUGCACAACACUAAAGACAGUAUCGCUGUUGAGAAGCUAUUUGUUCCUGAAACAUGUGAGAGGAGAACGAAGCCUGGUGAUUUUGUCAGAUACCAUUACAAUGGCACACUCCUUGAUGGCACCUUCUUUGAUUCAAGUUAUUCACGGAACCGUACAUAUGAUGUUUACAUUGGAAAGGGAUACGUGAUUGAUGGAAUGGAUGAAGGCCUGCUGGGUGUGUGUAUUGGAGAAAAAUUAAGGAUAACUAUUCCACCCCACUUGGGUUAUGGAGAAGAAGGAACAGGUAAAAUUCCUGGAUCUGCUGUCCUCGUGUUUGACAUUCACAUGAUUGACUUCCACAACCCUUCUGACACAGUUCAGAUUAAGACUACCUACAAGCCAGAUACAUGCUCUGUGCUCACAAAGAAAGGGGAUUUUGUGAAAUAUCACUUCAAUGCCUCUCUCAUGGAUGGUACUUCACUGGAUUCUACGCACAACUAUGGCAAGACAUACAACAUUGUUCUAGGAUCUGGACAGGUGGUUCUGGGGAUGGAUAUAGGUCUUCACGACAUGUGCAUUGGAGAAAAACGGACUGUAAUUAUACCUCCACACCUUGGCUAUGGUGAACAGGGAAUUGAUGGAGAGGUUCCCGGUAGUGCUGUACUGAUUUUUGACAUUGAACUUGUUGAGCUGGUCGAAGGUCUGCCUGAAGGUUACAUGUUCAUCUGGAAUGAAGAGGUCUCAUCUGAUCUUUUCAAUGAAAUUGAUCAGAACCAUGAUGGCGAGAUUCUUCCAGACGAGUUUUCAGGUUACAUAAGCCAACAAGUAUCUCUUGGAAGGGGAAAGUUGGCCCCUGGAUUUGAUCCUUUAAAAAUUAUCGCAAACAUGUUCACAAACCAAGACCGGAAUGGGGAUGGCAAAAUCACAGAAGAAGAAUUUAAACUGAAAGAUGAAGAAUCUAAAGAGGCACAUGAUGAACUAUAACCUCUGGCAUACUCCUGGGGGAUGGGAAAGUGUGAAGUGUAGGGACUGGGAGGGUGGUAGUGAAAUUUUAUACAUUCUAAUUGCUUCUCUUGACCAGUGUGUCUCGGCCUAAUAUUUGGGGUCUUGCUAACAACAGUAUUAUUUAAUAUUUGGUGAAGUAGUGUAGCCACAAUAGGGAAGACAAUGUGCCUUGAACUGCUUACUGUUAUCUGAGGAAUAUGACCGCCAUAACACCACCAUCCAUUUUGCUCCCUGUGUUCAUCUGUGAGGCGUAUAUACAUAACACUCCUGCAGUUUAUUCGUAGUUGUCAUAUCAAUAUGUCUAACUUACUUCUUGGAUUCACAUAGAUUUUUGUGCAGUUACCUGGCCUGCAUUAAAUGCAGUACACAACAAAAUGUAGCAAAUUGUCUUCUGGUUUUUGAUGGACUAAUUCUAAUAUCUAUUCAGAAGCAAAGGCUCAGUUGAGUAGAACACUAAGGUGAAUCAAACUUAACAUCAGUUUAAACAAUUGUAAGAUUCACGUAUUUCCUUCCGUAAAACCUGUUGCAGUUGUUAAACACUCAGGCAGCCAAAUCCAAUUACAAAGGAGGUAGCUUCCUCCUUUAGAGAUUCUAUCAAAUGCCCUGUUGCUGUCUUGUGAUGAGUAUUUUAGUUUGUGCUCUGUGUGUGUGCACGAGUGUGUAAGUGUGUGCGUGUGUGUGUGCAUUUGUGUUGCUAAGCUGAUAGGUUUUCCAGUUGAAAUAUUUUUAUACAUGUUUUUUGUACCAAUUGUUUUUGUACUGAAAACCAUGGAGUUUGACAGUGGGUGAAGUGUGUUCCAUAUUACAGAUGUCAGGCUGAUUUAGUCUACAGAUUGUGCCUUUUCAUAAUAAAUAACUAAAGAAAUGA